GGAACACGGGACUGAACACAAGGGGCACUGCUCGUCUUUGCUCUACAGGGGUUGCUGUGGUUUUAGAAUUCUCUGCCCUGCCUCAGAAUAGAACAUCAGCCUCCAAAAAAGAUCAGCAACAUCGGAAAUAGUAGGUGGAAGGAUGGCAUGGAAAUGGAAGUAUUCCUUCAAGGAACAGCUGGAGGACACGAGCAGCCUGCACCCAGGACUGACGGGGCUGCAGAACCUGGAGAACACGUGCUACAUGAACGCGGUGCUGCAGUGCCUCUGCAGCCUGACCCCGCUCGUGCAGUAUUUCCUCUCAGGGAAGUGGAACACAGACCUGCACCAGGAGAUUGGAGAGUCUGCGACUGCCUUUGGCUGUUUGGUGUCCGACAUGUGGCUUGGAAAGUUUGACUAUGUCUCCCCUGAGGCUUUUCAUUCUGUCUUUGGGAAGCGGUACCCAGCUUUUAGCAGGAGGACUCAGCAUGAUGCACAGGAGUUCCUCAUCUGUGUGCUGGAUGAUCUCCACGAGGCUUUCAAGGAGCCAAGCCAAGAAAGACAGAGCCCUGCUGCGGGAGCAAGCACAAGGAGUAGCAGUGGCACAUCUAUUAUAACACACUUGUUUGAGGGACAGCUCAGUUACGGGAUCAGGUGUCUGACGUGCAAAACCCUCAGUGACAGACCCGAGAGCUUCACCAUCCUCUCCCUGCCCAUCCCUUCCACCAGAGUGUGCUCUCUGCAGGACUGCCUGGAAUGCUUUUUUCAGCCAGACACGCUGACUUGGAACAACCAAAUCCGCUGCCACCGGUGUGGAAGCAACCAAGACGCAACAGUAAAAGCCUCCAUAACCAAGGCACCACAGAUCAUCAUUUUUCAUCUAAAGAGGUUUGCCUGGCAGGACAAGCACAGAAGGAAACUCUCAACCACUGUCUGCUAUCCAUUCAGUCAUCUGGAUCUCUCUCCCUACAUCUCCACAUCGUGUCACAACACCACAGAGUACAGCUUAUGUGCUGUAGUGAACCAUGCUGGAGAUCUGGAUUAUGGCCACUACACGGCCUUCUGCAAGCACUCAAUCACCAAACACUGGUACAGCUUUGAUGAUGACCAGGUCACCAAGAUCCCAGACUCUGCAGUGCAGGCUGACACAGCUUACCUCCUCUUCUACAUCUCCCAAGGCUACUGACAACCUGUUAGUCUUGAAAAUGAACACUGAGUAGGGCAGCACCUAGAAUUCACCAGUAGCAUUAGCCAUCUCCUGUUUUAUCAAUAAACUAGAGCAUGUACACCACUGA